AUGUGGGCUUCAUUAGUAAAGAGGGGCAGUUCUCGGUUUUACAGCCGCCUGACAAACCGUGCGUAUAGUACACGGAACGCUGGAGAAAAUGCAGUUUCAGGAAGGAAGAGUUCGAGAUUUGACAAAUCCAUGUUGAAGCCAGCAUUGGUUGUAAUACUUUUUGGCUCUAUGCUGACUAGUGUGAUGGAACAGCAGAAAAAAAACGCAGAAUUGGAGAGGAGGUAUUCGUUGAAACUAGGAAUACUCCGAGACCUCAUUUCCAAGGUUCAAAAAGACGAGUUGGUCGAUGUUGAACAAGAACUAGCACUGGUAAACAAACUAUUUCAACGCUUUGAGAGGUCGAAAUAUGUUCUUCUCGAGGAAGAGGCCGCUAAAGUACGAGAACACAAUGAAGUUGCAGGCGACCUCAAUCGUCAGGAUAUGAUUAGCAGGCUCAAUGGUCAAAAAAACCCAGACCAAGAUGAAGCAUCUCUGCGAGAUCUUUUUAGAGACAUAAUGAAAGACAUUGAUGACGAUUCGGGGCUCAAGCCUCAGAUGAGGGCAAAGGAAGAGCAUUCGUCAGAGAACUCGGCACACACUGAAAAUUCCCAAUUGGAAGAUUCUCGGAUCCAAACUGAUGCUGAAUUUUUAACCCGAGAAGCUCUUAACGAAAAGGAACGGCUCAAGUACAAACCUUCGACGGAUUCCCACAUCAUUGUGGAAACUCCAGGAGAGUACAGCACGUCCGCAGAAGAUCACAAAGUUUCCAAGUUUCUUUAG